AUGGCAGAAGCAUCGCCACACAACUCUCCCCAGGCUAGUGUUGCCGGUCCAACUGGGCCGACCCUUCCUCGCUGCACAUACGUCAUCGCCAUCGUGUUGGUCCUUUUCUCUGCUCUCUUCUACAGAGUAUACUACCAGAUCUUGAUGAUGGACGUGUCUUUGGAGAGCAUGCCCGAGACAAUACAAGGGAGCAAUUGUCGUGAGAUUGGCCCUCCGAAGGGUGUGAAGAACCUUGGUGGGAUGGAGGACAUUGAGUUCGUCAGUGACGGCUCGUGGGCUAUAGUGUCGAAUAUGGACCCGAAGAUGACCUUCAAGAUGGGGCCUGUGUCAGAGGCCACGUUCCCUCUGUUCGCACUAGACGUCAAAGCUGAGGUCCUCACAGCUCUGCCGUUGGAAGGUUUCCCGAUCGGAAUAUCCUUCCGUCCCCACGGGAUAUCCUAUCAUAGGGAGACUGCCACUCUCGGUGUCGUCAAUCAUGCUUGGGCAUCUGGCGGGGAACGGGUUGAGUUCUUUCGAGUGCGCUUCGAAGGACAACGACCUGUGGCGUUGCUAUACAUGAAAUCCGUUACUUCACCCGAGAUGGGCCAUGGUCAACUCAAUGACAUGCAAAUAUUAGAGGUCGAGCCUAGGGUGAAAUUCUACGCCACAAAAUGGUGGGGCCACCCUUUAGGCGACGAUAAAGGUCCGAAUAUGUUGGCUAAAGGGCGCUUCCUUGCUGACUUGAUACUAGGGUUGAACUCCUGUACCAUAGUCUAUUGUGACGGAGAGAAGUGCCGAGAUACCGGUGGUGCUAGGCCCGGUUACAAUGGGAUCUACAUAUCUCACGACAGGUCAAAGCUCGCAGCAGUAGUCAUGGGUGACCAUGGCCUUAAUCUUUAUGAUAUUCUCCCUGAUGGCGAUCUCCGAAUCAUCGGUCAUGUACACACUGGUAUGCCUCUUGAUAAUAUCUAUCCUGAUCUUGAACGAUCUACUCCACAAAAGCAGAUCUAUUAUACUGCAGGAAUACGAAGACCUGUUGAUUUGCUCUAUGGUUCUGAGAACUUCGGCAAGCCCAAUAUCACUCGAGAGGAUAUAGCUAUCCCAGCUCAUGCAAGGCGUGUGACCAUCGAGUGGGGUGACAACGGUAGCCAGCCAUCUUUCACUAUAGAGGAACUAUACUCCACUCGAGCCAUGCAGAACAUCGGCGCUUGGAGUGUCUUUGCUAAAGCACCGAAGUCCAAGAAGCACAUCCUUGGUUCUUUUCUAGAUACAGGUUUGCUUAUUUGUGACUGA